AUGGAAGCUUCCCUUCCAUUUUUGGCAGCAGCCAAACCUCCCAGCCGCAGCCACCCCUCCUCCUCGGAAUCAGCGCUGCUGCCACCUCCAUUUCCGCACCCCCCCAGCCUCCUCUCACCACUUGGCGCCACCGCACGAGCCAGCGCCGCCGUCCCCGCUGCCUGGAGCCACUCAAGCCCCGCCACGUCGCCUCCCCUGUAUCCCCACUUCCCCGCGGCCCUGCCAACCCCAUCUGGGCCCCGCCGAAGCCCGCCCGAGCCCGUUCGCCGCUCGAGCCGCCCCGCUCCUCCCGCUCGAUCAGGGGAUCGAGAGCGCUCGCCCGAGCCGCCAUGCUCCUUCCUCGUCCCCGCCUCCGGCCACGCCGCCAACGAUCGCCGACACCUCCAGGUCACGCCGCCGGACCCCUCGCGCCCUCUCUUCCUUUCCCCCGUCCUGCCUUCUUCUCUCUCUCUCCCUCACCCGUUCUCUCUCUCUCCGCGGACAGCGCCGCCGCAGGAGCUCCCGUCGUCGCCCGGCCUCGCCACCACCGGGAACGGAUCCGGUCGGACCCGAUCCGCUCGGAUCUGGUCGGGGCCCCUCCCGCCUCGCCUUGCAUCGCCGGCUCCUCUCGCCGGAGAGCCAACCACCGCCGCCGCCAUGUCUCUGUUCGGGACAAGCAGAGCACAGCCGCCCGCUCGCGUUGACCGCGGCCCAGCGUCGCCAGCAGCCCGAUCCAGUCGGCCCGCGUCUAACCUCUCCAGCCAGCCGGCCUGCCAGGCCUCUCCACCGACCGGGCCAAGGCCCAUGUUCCGGUAAUGUCGCGAUUGUGAGGAUUCGUUCGACUACUCCCGUUCGUCUUGUUCAU